AUGUCUAAGAUACUAAAAGCCGUACUAAUAAGUGCAUACAGUACUGUUGUAUUUCAAUUAUUAAAAACUUUAAUUGUAAACAAUACUGAAGAAAUCAUAGAAAUAGAAUACAUGAUUCCCACACCAGGAACAUUGAAAAAGAUGGAGUGGGAGUUGAGAAAAUUAAAAAACAACAUAACAGCAAUAAGCAUGAAUUUUAAAAUGCCGAAAAGGUUACCGACUGAUUUGAAAUACAUACUCAAAUGGACACAAGCAUUCUCACAUUACGACUCACCGAUCUUUAAGAAUGGACAAGAGGCUCUUCUAAAAUAUAACUGCACAUAUAGAAAUUGCUAUUUCACUGGCGACAAAAGUCUACUUCUAGACAUAAGAUAUUUCGACGCCAUUUUGUUCGACGUCGAAAAUUAUUGGGAUUAUAACCCUAUAUUAAGGAGUCCUCAUCAAAAAUAUAUUUUCGUCGGCUUAGAAUCAGCUGACAAUUUUCCUGUGAUACUUCCAAAAUAUGAUUCUUAUUAUAAUUUAACAUGGACAUAUAAAUUAGAUUCAGAUAUAUUUGGUGCAUAUCUUAUUGUUUUGGAUAAAAAAGGUAAUAUAGUAGGCCCAAAAGUAAACAUGGAAUGGAUUAAUCCUAUGCUGCCAACAUCUGACAAUAUUAGAAAGAAAUUACUGGUCAAAAGAAAGGCAGCAGCUUGGUUUGUUUCGAAUUGCAAAACUAAAGGGCGCAGAGAAGUCGUAGCUAAGAAUUUGUCUAAAGAAUUAUUGAAAUAUGGUCUAUCGAUAGAUAUUUAUGGUUGGUGUGGUAAACUUAUUUGUUCGAAAGAUCAUAUGUACGACUGUUUAGAAGAUUUAGAAAAUGAUUAUUAUUUUUACCUCGCAUUUGAAAAUUCUUUAGCUGAGGAUUAUGUUACAGAAAAAAUCCUUUAUCCUUUAUUACAUUACACUGUACCUAUUGUUUAUGGUGGAGCAAAUUAUUCAAGGUUCUUACCUCCAGGUUCCUAUAUAGAUGCUGGCAAACUAAAUGCCAGUCAAAUUGCAUCUUUAAUGUCACAGGCAAUUAUGAAUCCUAAAUUAUACGCUGAGUAUUUUAGAUGGCAUAAUCAUUAUGUCUAUAAGGAGGCGACGGAAGUAAUGAAGGCCUGUAAUCUCUGCAACGUGCUGAAUACAAUUAAAGUAAAAACCAGUAGAACUAAAUUCAGAAAAUGGUGGAAUGUUAACAAAACUAAUAGGACGGCGGCCGAAGCUCGGCGAAGCGAAGACAUUGCGUCUUUGCAUUCGUACCAGCCCGCUCAUUGGAAAAUCACUGCCGCCGACUGA